AUGAACGGGGACAGGCCGACGGUCAACGGAGUGCAGCGCAUGUCCAAUGGUGUCCAAGAAGAUGGAUCGAGGCCUCUAUCCCAGGCCGCAGUCUAUCAAGCCGAAGGAAUAAAACCACCUUCCAGGGCUUCCAUACCUUCCCAAGAUCGUGAACCCAGGCAUACCAAUGGCCUCUCAAAGGAUACCCCUAUGCGCCAUUCCGUUGCACCUCCUGUGUCCACCCUCCGCUCUGAACAAGCCCCUCUCGAGAUCCUUCAGUUGAUUUCCAAGGACAGUUACCUGCCUCUCGCAGCUCUUGUCAACCGAGCCGCCCAGUCAUGUUGGAACAACCUUGUGCUCUUGCUCGACCAGCUGGCAUCCAUACAUAUUCCAGAUCCAAGUGGCGACUCCACAAGGUCGCUUCUCAACGGCCAGAUCAACAAUCAAUCAAAGGCAAAUCUUGAGAAGAAGGAGAAAUUGUUACAGUUUGCCAACGAUCAAAAAGCAGAUUUCAUCAAACUCCUGGUUCUGUUGCAGUGGAGUAGAGAUGUCGAAAAUGUCAGCAAAACGAUUUCCAUCAACUACUGGCUCAUGACCCGCAGACAGGCGUAUUGGGAUGCCAUCGCCUCACUCGUGCGCAUCAAGCAAGACUCCGCUGGUUUUCAAGUUCCUGACCCUGAUCUGAAAACUGCCGCCGAAAUUCUUUCUAGAGGUCGAGCUCUGGAUAUCCCAACCCACGGAUACAUUCCGCAAAAAGACCUUUCCACCAAGCAAAUUCUCCAUGUUCUGAAGUCGCUAAACCGUAUACUGGGAAUUCGACUGGCCUUGUCUGGACCACUCCCUCCGCCUCUAAGAACCUUUUACAUCCACGAUGGCCGGGCUACUUUCAUCGUCCAAAACGAGUUUGAAAUGGAUGUUUCGAUUCUAGACGACACCCCGGAUUCUCAAUUCCGCAUGGUUGACUUUCGUUUCAGCUUUUCUCCAGCACCAACCAUGACAGAUGGAAUGAGAACCGAAAUCGAACACUUGGCCAAUUCAGUUAUCGACCGUGACGGCCUGCAAGGCUGCUGUCUUUUCCUCCAGGAGUUGGUCCUCUCCUUCAAAUUGGCCGAAUAUCACAAGCAAGCACUGGAGCUCGCCCGAACACAAUGGGUGGGAAAUAUGCGCGUUGAGUUGAUCCGACGAGCUGUGGUCGUACAGUACUGGUCGAACCGACAGACGACAAAGAGUUGGAUCGAAAUUGGGAUCGCCACUGACCAUCAACAAUCUGAUAGUCCUGCAUUCUUGCCGCAUUUGAAGGUGAAAUGGACAAGGCAGGGGCAGUCCAUGCCUCCCCCGAGCCUAUCUUUGUCUCAGUCGGUUCUCAACCUCGAGCAGCUUCUACGUCAAGUUAUCGCCCAAGACUCCACUCUUCUUCUUGACGAUAUCUAUGACAACCUCAACGCCACGCCUCUUUACGCCAAUGGUGACCUUUCAUUAGAACAAACCGUCUCUAUCACCGCCCCUGAGGACUGUACGAUGAUAAUGCAACUUUCCCGCGCGUCCCACAUCGACGUCCAAAUUGAUGCGGUCACUGGUGCUUUCGUCCUUAGUCCAGUCACUGAAAAGAGCGAGAGGCUACAAUACGAGAUCAACCGAGCACAUGGUAUUGGUGGCGAGAUUGCCUCCAAAUUGUUGAAUUUCAGAUGCAGUGUACUUGAAUCAGCUAUCGGCAUUGCCAUGUUGGCCAGCAACUGGGAAUCGUUGCGUGCUUUCAAAUUCAGCCCGUCAGAAAUCAAGUCCUUGUUCGGUGGUCCUCUUGUCAGGCUCAAUUUGUUUCGCAACCGACACUGGGGUUCGGAUUAUUUCCUUGCCAUAUCCCAUACCCACAAUGGUGAUCAAUGGUCGCUACUUCGUCAAACGAGACAGCCCAACUCAACUGGACCGGUCCAUUUUGACGUGAUUCGCAAUCAGAAAAUAAGCAUCAAGCAAAAACUGAGUCCUGACUAUUUUGACCGUCUGUCGGAAUACGCCACGGGUCUUAUAUGUCUUCGUUGCAACGCCCAAUAUUUUGAACUGCGCCACGUUCCGUAUGACCUCUCUCCCUUCCCAGACUUUGAAGAGAAUUACAAGCUUCCAGAAUUGUCUUUCCGAUUGGAUGGUCUGGGAUCAGCAUCUUUGCCUUUCGAACCCACGCAAAGCAAGGCUCUUUUGCGUGGCAGCAAUAAAGACGAUAACCCUCAUCAAGUUGUCAAGGUGCGAUUUGACGGGGUCAAUCCUGAAACAAAUUUGGCGACCCUCAUUGGCAGGAUUCAAAUCAAUACCAGCGUUGUGGUGCUGCAACACCUUGAAAAAUCAGCUCUGGAUCGUGAUGUGUCAUUGAAUCUCAGGCAUCACACCGCGACAAUUCGCAUUGAUACCUCCAUUGGCGAAAUCGCCAUUCCAGCUAUCCUAGGCAAGGCAAAUCACCUCAGGAACACUAUUUCUACGGUACAACAAAUUCAUCGUCUUCCGGGUAUCAAGCUGCAGGCAGUCUCCAGCUCUGGAUUCUCCGUUUGCUAUUCUAGUUCCACACCCAAGGAAUUGUCCGUACAGGUAUCCUUCAAAGAGGGUCGGCAAACACCGCAGCUUACCUUUUUCCCCAAUACGGACAAUCCACAUGCACUCCUUGCGGAGAAGUAUUCGGAUCUGCUCGCGUUCGACCACCUUCCUUUCGAAACCAGAAUUCAUAACUUUCUGACCUCCUUGGAUAUGACAUAUCCUUUGGUUGCGUAUCUACACAACCUUCAACGGCAACAUGGUUCUGGACUUGACCAAGGACAGUCAACAGCAUCAACACAAAAUCUUUCCACCGUCCGGGCCCACAUCCUAGUGCGAAGUGCUCAACAUUUCGCAAUCCAAUAUUUCACAAAUUCAAAUACCCUGUCCAAAGAUGCAACGCCGGUGGCUCACACCAACCUGGUAGCGAGGCUUGAGAUACUACCACACGUCGAUACCGGAUCAAAGAAACCCAUGUGGCUGGUUCGUGCGGCCUUGGAAGAGGUCCAAGCUUAUUCAAGGGCAUCAUUCUCCAAUGCUGCACUACGGCAAAAACUUCGACAGGGAGUUUUCUCGCGCACGGACGUACCAACUCAAUGGCUCACACUCGAUAGCGCUGCUGCGUGUUUGGCUGAGAAUCCCGAACCUCUGCUCACAGAGAUCCAUGCUCUUCUCAUGGCUUUCGUUAAAGAGCAAAAGACCAACCAAGCAGGGAAGGACACACCCGCCAAAGCAGAUGCUCAAAAGCCACAGUCAAAUAAUUUGCCAAAUGGCAACGUCAAGUCGAAGCCCCAGCCUCGUGCUCAAGGGAAGAUGCAAGCACCAAUGCCAAUUGCAAACGGAACAGGGAAACAGCCGCAACAGAAGGCUAACAACAACAAUCCCACGGGCCGAGCAUUCCCCUCAAAGGGUCAGCCCAAAGCAAAUACCCCUAACAAUCAGGACAAUCCAAUCACACUGGAUUAG